CUCUGGAGUUUUGGCCUCAUCGUCCCUAUACAUAAAAAGGAUGAUCGAUCAAAAGCUGAAAACUACCUAAUAUCAGUAAACAGAAUGGCACCAGAUGAUGUUUUUCUGUUGCUAAUAAACCCUCCGAGCAAGAACAAACCAGUGCAAAAGUUAACUGCAAAAUAUGAGAAAAGAAGAUCAUUAGUUGUUUAGGUUAACAUUGAUUAUAGUUCCACUAGUGUGCAAUUUGUGUUAUAAUUUUAAAUUACUUGGAUAAAUUCGAUAUGCAUAAGACUGUAUAAGACUCCAAAUAAAACAUUGUCUUGUCUUGUCUUGUUGUGGCCAAAAAAAGCACUCAGUUUUACCCAUUUUGCUCCAAAUUCAACUUUGUUUGGGGUGGGAGGGGAGGGUCGCUAGUUUUGGUAAUAACACUGGAAAGGUCCCAACACUUUUGGCCUCCAUUGUGGGUGGCAAAAGUUGUUUUCUCAUACAAAUCCUUCUAAUUUUCGGCGGCCGUUGCAAUCGUUUUAUCGCUACUUUUGAGAUAUAUGGCUGAAAAUUUACAGGUUACCUAAUUUUAAUAUGCUCUUUCAGCUCGGGCUAACAAACUUUUUCAGAGGCGAACUGUUUUCGUAUUUACCGAAAGCUGAUCACGUGAUCAACUAAUGCAAAAGGUCUAUUAAAUACAUACAACAAAGUGAAUCUGCAAUGCCGAAUCUAUUCAUGGAUAAUAGGAAGACUGGAUAGGAAACUGGCUGACGCGAUCGGUUCCAACAUAGUGGAAAAAUGUGACGUCACAUUACCGAGAGCCAUUCAACCUCUUACAUCCGAUGUUUUGCGCGUCUUACUUUUCAUCGCAUAUUUUAUAUCUAUUUCUUCGACUAUAAAGAUUGCCCAUGUUUUGAAGUAAGAGAUGAAGAGGACUUGCUCUUGGUGAAAACAGUUAGAUUGUACAAAACCGGUAGAGGCAAAAGACGAAGUAAAUGAUUAAGAAACUUGUGAGAGCGAAGAAUGACUCUAGCGUCAGAUAAUUUUAUGCACCAAACGGGAAGCCUAACUACAUAAAAACUUACAUGUAUACAGCUACAAAACACCUAUGAAAAAGGCACAGCCUAAUUUUCUACAAACCACAAGAAAACCGGAAAUAAUUUUAACUCUUUUUAUCACGGUUUUGACGAUUUCUUUUCUGCUUUUAUCGACAAGCUCAGCGAGUGUCGAAUUUUAUAAAUUAACAACCCUUGACAAAAUGAUUUUAUUAGCGGUAAAAGUACCCAGCUCAAACAAGCGUUUAAUUUUCCCUUCAAUGUUAUUUACGGACAACCAGUGACAAGAAGCCGUAUUUGAGAAAUGUAAAAAAAAGGGGGGGGGGAAGCUCACAGCAGAGAAAUGAAAUUUGCUUGCGGGCCACCGUUUUAACGCCGUUUCUAACUUUUUCAAAUAAAUUUUCAUAGUGAAGCAAGUUGUUUUGUUACUUUCGGGUAUAAAUUAACUACAACCCCAGGGCUUAUGGGGUUUUUGUUUAGUCUGAGGUAAGUGGAUGAGGGAUUGAAAAAAUAUGACUGUCUGGUUACAUUAUCCUGUUGUUGAAAACAAAAUUCAUACCCCAAACAAGUACAGGUAUAAUGUUUUAUUAAUUUGAUUUAAAAUAUAUCUUGGUAAUGUUUAUCAUCUACAGGUAAAUUGUUGCUUUGGAUCGCUAAAAAACCGAAUACAUUAAUAGUGCUAAUCAGGUCCAUCGUUGGUUUGAAAAAUAAUGUGAUUCAGAUAUAGACCGUUUCAGAGAAGAACACUAACCAACUUAAACACAUGACUCUGAAGCUAAUACAAGCGUUGACCCUCAAACACAGUUAAUUUGUCCCACUCACAAAGAAGUAAUCAAUACACUUCAGAAGUGAUAAAUAAAGUUUCUGAUCAUAAAUAAUUUAGAUGCCUCCUUCUGGCUCUCAUGCAUGACAAAAGCAACUUUGUUGCUGUUUAAUACAGAAAGAUUGAUUGAUUUGCGCCCUCUCAGAAGUUAGAGUACUUGACCACAAUUUUACUGUCUUCAUUGACUAUGUGUGUUCAGCAAAUCCUAUAAUAAAGACAAACAAAAGGAAAACUAAAACACUGUUUAAAAAAUAACAACACUUAGUAGCCUAAACGGAGGACAAAAAAAUGCCAGUAGGUAUUUUCCCAUUGAUGCAACAAUUAUUUGUAGCUUAUGUAAGGGAAAAGUACAAAAAUUAUUCGACUCUCUUCAGUGCCUUCGAAUACAAGCUGCGAGGAGAGACGUGAGGCGAUUGUAUGUAAUUUAGUAGUUUAAUUUCAACAUUAAAAGAUGAGCGAAAUUAACAUACUGCUUUACGAACAAUUAGCAAGGUUAAUCUGGGAUAUUACUUGAGCGAAACAGUUGUCAACACAAACUAGUCUGUCGAUUGGAACUUUACACACCGUGUGCGCACACUUGCUCGGCGCGAAUGUAGUUAGUUUGAGCCAUUUCAAUAGAAAUUUAUGGCUGAAAAAUAACAGCAUUCACUCUGUAACCAUGCCUAUGCCACAAUUCCAUCCUUAAAACAUCUGUCACUCGUAGUUAAGAAUAGAAACGAGAAGAAACCUUCAUAACAAAGGCGUCCCAAAACAGUCUCAAAGACAAGACAAAUAACACAAAACAACAACAAGAAGUGCCUACCUCGAAGGUUCAAGUGUGGCUUUGAAGGAUCGCCAUCGGCGUAAGACAACAAACGAAAGGAAAAACACACCAAAAAUUAAAGUACCACUAAAAAAUCCGAAAAAGAACAACAUGCAGGCAAAGAAACCCUACAUUUCCACUGGUUUGAACCACAUUUUCGCCAUCGUUUCGUCACAAAUUUCCACUGUGAUGGAACCAUCCAACGCCAUCUUGAAGCACGAACCAACCAAUCGGCGAUAAGAAAUCAGCCCACGUGACAUAAGUUUCCUAUCCAGUCUUUCUAUAUCCAUGAUCUAUUUAACCGUAAAGUCCCAGUAAUCGCGUCAAUAUUCUGAGAAACGUAACGCCUCAAUAUACCACAAAACAGGACUUCCCCGCUAUAAUAUUUUUUCACAUCCUCUAUUAUCGACGGUCGAGUAUUCUUCAGGGUAUUUACUUUUUAAUACGCGUGUAUAUUUACAAAAAAAUCAAGGGCCUCAAUUCGAGGAAAAUGACAUCAUUGCCAAACAUCCAAAAUGUGGUCAACUUUGUGCGUCAUUUCAGUCGUCGUCGAAAAUAAACCGCAUGCUUAUCACGAGACUCAUGGUCUAUUCUUAUCCCCAGUUUUUACGGUCGCCGCUAGGAACGCCUGGGACCAUGAUCCACCAUUUGGCGAGGACACACGAAAAAAAAAAGAAAAAGAAACGCCUGCAUUUCUAGAGUCUCGUAGCUAAAGCAAGCUCGACUAAAAAGAAGCUAAAAGAGGAAAAAGAAAAGAAAGAUCUUAUUUUUGUGUAUCAGAAAUUAGUUAAACAAAAUAAGAAAUUGAAAAACGACUAGAUCAAGUUAAACCAAAGAAACAAAAAGAGCCAAAAACAUUUGAUGAUUAUUUAAUUUCAAGGAUGUAUUAAACUAAAAAGAUUCCGAAAGAUACACCAAAAUAUUUAAGAAAAGCACUUAAAAGAGCAAUGAAAGAAUAUGAUGUUGGAGUCAAACAUGAAAAGUCAGCUCUUGAGAAGUUUGCUGACAAAUACUGAUGUAAUUGAGGGAAACCAGGAGUUGUACGAUUAGGAUAUUUUAAAGAUAAUUAUCUGCUCAGCUCAAGGAUUUUAUGAGAAAUCAUGGAAGCAUAAAAAUUCGUAUGAUAAUGGUAAUUUCAAUGAAAAAAAAAGAUUAUCGAGAAAAAAGGAAUAAUAUCACAUUCAGGAGGAAGCUUAUUUUUAUUCUGAAACAUAUACUGAAGAAUCUUGAAAAGACAGACAUAACUGAAGAUUUUCAGUUCUCCCAUAAUGGAUAAACAUUGGGAAUAUUUCACGAUCUUCUACUAUGGUUCUACUAUGGCUAAUUUUCAUAACCCUAUACGUAGAUGACGGCCACUAGAACUUGGCAUUCAAAGUUAGCAAACAAACACUAAAGAAGACUAUCAAAAUGUGAUCGUGUUCCCGACGUUAAUAAACGUGUAAAUUUACUCCAUUCAAAAUUUCAGGUUUAUAUUCACAAAUGAUGAGGGAGAAGAGACGGAAAUCGCAUUUGGCAAAGAUUCAAGUGAGGAACUCAUAGUCGGUCAAUCUGCUACCCAGCUUCCUCAGCAAUACACAAUUGAAACAGAAACUAGAAGGUAUCACCUUAUUGACACCCCGGGCAUUGGGGAUAGCAGGGGCAUUAACAAAGACAAGGAGAACCUCGACAACAUUUUGGCCUUUCUGACCUGUUAUGAGAAGAUUAAUGCAGUGGUUGUACUUCUCAAGCCAAACAACCCAAUACUGACCGUGGGCUUCAAGUUUUGUAUCUUAGAGCUUUUGACCCACCUCCACAAGUCUUUGGAGUCCAACAUCAUCUUUGCCUUCACAAACUCCAGGGGAAGCUUCUACAGACCCGGAGACACCCUUCCUGUUCUCAAAAGGCUCCUAAAGGAGAAUAACAUCAACAUCCUACUUUCUCCAAAAACCUAUUUUUGCUUUGACUGUGAAGCAUUCAGGUAUUUUUUACAUUUAUUUAGAGACAUUCUCAGACAAAGACAUGUUAACCCAGUUGUCAACAUGAUACCGUAAUUGUUUUAGGCUUGUUAUUAACUGAAAAUUCAACCAGAUAAACUAAUUCAUUCCGAGAGUUCAUGGAGACACAGGGUGAAUUCAUUUAAAGCAUAACGCAUAAUGCCCAUUUUUACAUUACCCAUAAAACACCUUGGUUAUCCCCCCCCACAUUUAUUUUACUUUUUUAGGCUCAAAAAACAAUGAAAAAGUCCAGCGGCAAAUGCGACGACCAUUCGCAUAUGCUGCAAAUGAAUCCACCCAAAGCCAUUACAUAAUUUAUUGAAACCACCCUGGAGGCUAUUGAGCCUGGCAAAAAUUUGUGCUAGUUUAUGUUCAUGUGUUGGCACGUCUUGUAUAGCCUGUUAACUCCAAUUAUUCCUCUUACAUGUAUUAUAUAAAUUAUUAAACGCCAAAUUGAAUGAAAUACCAGUUGAGCUUUCGCGCGAAAACAAGAUAUCUUCACAUGUACUUCCAACAUAAAUACAUUAUACUUUAUUUGUCCCAAAAGGGUUUUAUAGGAUAAAGGUACAAUUAAUAAUAAUUAUUAUUCAUUCAAAAUAUUUCCCCAAUUCUGAUUGGCUAAAAGCACACGCAUAAUUCACCAAAACCAGUUACUGAUGACCAAAUUUGGAAGAAUUUUGUGUUUAACGAGGAAAUGACGUCAAAAAUGCAGCCUUCUACAAGUUAAUGCACCGUAAACCGAGAAGACCCGGGGACAAGAUUGAGUUGUUUUCGUUGUGAAAACUAAAAUGGCGGACACUUCAUUCGUUUCAAGAGUAGGAACUACAGCUGAAACUAGGCGAAAUAAUGGCUAAAAGCAUAGCAAAAACAGCAAGAAGACAACUCGGAGGGCGACAUCUGCAAUUUGGAGAAUAUUUGCGGAGCUGGACAAACCUAAACGAACACUAUCGAAGAAAAACUUAACAUCGAUGCAGGUAAGCUUGUUUCAGCUAUGUUUUUAAACUAGCAAUUAUUUUGACUGAAUAAUAAGGCAAUUAAUGAAUUCGGCUUCCGUAGGAUAUGAAGAAUUAAGCAUAUCUCGGAGGGUGUUAUCCACCUCGGCCUUCGGUCUCUGUGGAUAACACCCUCCUCGAUCUGCUUAAUUCUUCAUAUCCUACGAAAGCCGAACUCAUUAAUGGCUAAUUAUUAUUCAUUAAAAAUAUUUCCCCGAUUCUGAUUGGCUAAAAGCACACGUUUAAUUCACCAUAACCAGUUACUGAUGACCAAAUUUGGAAUAAUUUUGACUUUAACCAGGAAAUGAGGUCAAAAAUGCAGCGUUUUCGCACGUUAAGGCACCGUUAACCGAGAAGACCUGGGGACGAGGUUGAGUUGUUUUGGUUGUGAACUUGAAAAAAUGGUGGACAUUUCAGUCGUUUCAAGAGUAAGAACUAGGCGAAAAAAUAGCUAAAAACAUGGCAAGAACAGCAAGAAGACAACUCGAAGAGCGACAUCUGCUGUUUGGAGAAUAUUUGCGGAGCUGGACAAACCUAAACGUACACUAUCGAAGAUGAACUGAACAUCGAUGGAUCGAUGGAGGUAAGCAUGUUUUAGCUAUAUUUUUAAAGUAGGAAUUAUUUUGAAUGAAUAAUAAAACAGUUAUUAAAUUCGGCUUUCGUAUCAUAUGAAGAAUUAUGGAGAUCUCGAAGGGUGUUAUCCGCCUCGGCAUACGGCCUCGACGGAUAACACCCUCCUCGAUCUCCAUAAUUCUUCAUAAGACACUCAGCCUCAUUCAUUAACUGUUAAAUAUCUAUUACAAACAGAGCCUAAUGAACAACGAAGGUUACUAACUUAAACUAGUAAAAACUAUAUACACUGAAAUCUGGUUAAAAAAAACGUCUAAGAUUAGUUUUUAAAAAGACAACGCUUGAAGUCCCUUAAGCAGGGGUCUCGGCGUCUUUGCGAGUCUUGGAUUUACCAUUCGCCACCCCUUACAUCAUAAAUUGUGUAUAUUUGCCUAUCGCACAAACUGUGUUUAGUGAUUAAACAAUCAUUUUUAUGUAGCACCUUUUCUUCCAUUCAAGUUCCUAUCCACGCGCGGAAGUGAAAGGGUAAAACCGUUUUUAUCGUUCUUUGCAUUGAUAGGUUUCUAGCCUGCCAUAAGAAACUGAAAGUUGCAGUCUCAGGCGAAGAGUAUAAACUCUACGAAAGCAGCUGGAAAAAGUCACGCGAAGCAACUGAAAAGCUUUUUGAACUCAUUAAAGACAUGCCACCUCACGAGACUAAAAAGACCCUGAGCAUGAACGAGGCAAGGAACUUCAUUAUCGCCAUGAGCAAACCAAUGGCUCAAGCUGUUGAGCUUAUCUACAGAAACUCAAAGGAAAUCGAAAAAAACGAAAACCUAUGCAAGGCAAGCGACGAUGAAAUCCAGAAGUUUCAGGAGACACUUAAGUUCAAAGGCUUUACACGGGAGAGAAACCAUCUCCAGUUUCCCAUAACUGUUUGUACUCACAAAGAUUGCACGGAGUACAAACUUAUUGGAAAGUCGAAGCAGCAGGAAACAAUAUUUAAACAGAUCUGCCACGAACGUUGCUACCUUAAAGGAAUCCCAAGUGAAACCACUAACAACCCACAAAUUUAUAACUGUCGAGCCAUGGUUAAGGGAAGAUGCAAGCAUUGUAAGCACGACUAUAGAGAUCACAUGCAUAUGACCUACACUACUUCUCUUGUCGAGGCGAUAUUCUUGUCAGAUGAUGUACAGAAAAAGAUCAACAAAUUAGCAGACGUGAAGGAUAUGAAGGAAAAAUUCAUAGCCGAGCUGGAGAAAAGCAGUGAGGAGUAUGAAGAAGAGAAGGAGGUCCUUUAUAGGUGUGCCAGCCACUUUGGUGCAUUUCUCAAGAAGAAUGCCAUGAUUCCCUACAACGAUUCCUUCAGCGACUACCUUGACAUGCUGAUCCAGGUCGAACAGAACCAGAAAGACGGGGAUAAAGACAAGAUGAAUCAGCUAAAGGAGGACAAGCGGACAUAUGAGAUCAAAAAGAAAGCUAUCAUCGAGCAAACCUCGAGUCCCGCGCACAGCGAAGAAAACGACAUUCAGAUAGAAAAGAUCUAUGAAAUGAGAAACCAGCUCUGCUCUCUGAAACACAAUGGCGAGGAUCUCAAGAAAAUCCUAGGUACUGUAAAUUUCAGCAAAUAA